UAUCACUGGCGGCCUGAGUGAGCACCCCAGACUGCAUAUAGAGCGCGCUGAGCUCCGUAACCUUUAGCGCGCACGCAACACUCGGCUCGCCGCAUCCACCCUUUGGCGUUGACAAGUCGAGUCAGUAUCUCUUUAUUAUAACAUCGAAGAAGUGCACGAGCGAGGGCUGUCACGGCAGCAGCUUAGCGUCGGAAUGACGGGCUCGGGCAAGCCCGCAGCGAAUAAGGCGACGGCAAACGGCGAUGGCGAGCCGGUACGGUUCCUGAAGGGGGCGGCUAUCAGCGUGUGGCAGAACUCGGGUGACGACGACUCGAACUGGACUCGCUUCGCCAAGAGCCGCUGGCCCUUCCGCUCGUUCGGCGUGAGCGCUAUCCGCGGGAAAUACAACAUCGACAAGUGCAGUGACUUCUGGAACAACUAUGAGCGGGACAUCAAGCUGGCGGCCGACAUCGGCAGCACCACCUUCCGCUUCUCCAUCGAGUGGGCUCGCAUCGAGCCGCUGAGGGGCGUGUUCGACAUGGAGGCUGUGCACAGGUACCACCAGAUGCUGGACUGCAUGGCGGCGCACGGCCUGGUGCCCAACGCCACACUGUGGCACUUCGUGCACCCCACCUGGUUCGAGCAGGCGGGCGGCUGGACCAAGGAGGAGAACAUCCCGGCCUUUGUGCGCUUCAGCGUCAAGUGCUUCGAGUGGUUCAAGGACAAGAUCACGCUGUGGGCCACCUUCAAUGAGCCCACGUGCUACAUGUUCCUGGCCUUCAUUGUGGGCAUUGCGCCGCCCGGCCGCAUCAUGGACCUGGUCACCGCCGGCCGCAUGCUCAGCACCAUGCUCAAGGCGCACACCGCCACCUACAGGGCGAUCAAGGCGGCGCCGGGGGGGCAGGCGGCGCAGGUGGGCCUGGUGAGCCACCACAUCACCUUCGAGCCGCAGGGCACUGGCAUCCUGUACGGCGUGUCCAAGGUGCUGUCUGACUGGAUGACCUACUGGUGGGGCUGGGACGUGGUGCACCACUGGAUGCUGACCGGCGAGUUCGUGUGGAAGCUGCCCGUGCUGGGCGUGUGGCAGCGCUGGCAGGACCCGGCGGGGCGCCCCCCCUGCGACUGGUGGGGCAUCAACUACUACAGCCGGGGCAUCUUCUCCUGGUACCUCGCACCCAGCUGCCGCGAGUCCGAGGUGAUGACGGACAUGUACUACCCCAUCUACCCGGAGGGCCUGUACAAGUGCAUCAAGAGGUGCUCUGAGUUCGGCAUUCCCAUGUACAUCACUGAGACCGGCAUUGCCGACGCCCGCGACGACCGCCGCGCGCUCAUGAUCGACUCCUACAUGAAGGCGACGCUGCGGGCGGUGGCCGAGGGCUGCGACGUGCGCGGGCUGUACUACUGGACGCUGCUGGACAACCUGGAGUGGGCCACCGGCUACACCAUGAAGUUCGGGCUGUACGCCUGGGAGCCGGAUGGCAGCGUGGACCGCAAGCUCAAGGAGGGCAGCAAGACGCUGGUGCGCUACUUCAAGACCCUGCCGGACGACCUGGCGGGCGUGCGGGCGGCGGCGCGGCAGGUGCAGGGGCAGCUGGGCGAGGACCUGGGCGUGGAGGCGGCGCUGGAGGAGGAGGGCGUGACGCGCGUGGCGGCGGGAGGCAAGCUGGUGGUGGGCGAGGCGGCGGGCAAGGGCGGCGAGGCGGAAGGGCGGAAGGCGGUGGGCAUGGUGGCGAUUGGAUGAGAGGAGGGUGCGGACGAUGGAGGUGGAGGCGGGAGAGAGGGGGGUGGGGGGUGGGGCCGGGCGUGGGGCCGGGCGUGGGGCCGGGCGUGGGGCCGGGCGUGGGGUGGGGUCGGGGUCAGGGGAGCAGGAUGCGCUUGGAGGAGGGGUAUUGGUGGUGGUGCGGAGCAGCAGGAGAGACCAUGCGAUACAUCACGGUACAUGGAAUGGCACAAGCCUGGUGAAGUCGAGGGUAGGUGUUGAUGUGAUGGAUUGGGCACGGGGCGUGGUGGGUGAUGCCGAGAGGUGAUGCCUGCUGGCUGGGAGAGGUGAUAAUUUCAUGGACUGGACACUGGAUAGAUCUUGAACUAUGAAGUGCUCAUGGGUUUGUUGGCUGGAUCAACAUGGACGUGCCCGGUCAGCAGGGGGCAAAUAAAGCUGUGGCGAGCAGGGCGCUGGUCGACAAUGCGUGUAGGUAGGAUGCAGGAGGAGGUGGCGGACUGCGUUAGCCUGCGUAGAAACGCGCGCUCUUGGAGCAGAAGCACGCACAAAGAUGAGUACAGGGUCGGGGUGUGAUUGAGAGUAUCUGGCCAGGAUGACCAAGGAUAUUGACUGCCUAGGGCCGUCUACGGCUGUCUGUUUAGGGCUCAAGAGGGCUGAGGCAUCUGAUGGCCCGCCCAGGCAUCGGGUGACCGCAACCGACUUGCACGAACGUGUGGCUACAACGCCCACAAAGACUCCCCGGCGAACAAGCAUGACCAUGAGCUAAUGAGGAGCUUGCUUGAUACGGCCUUCCAGGAACUAGUGCAGGAGCGGCCGGUGAGGGGAGUACUCGAGGAAACGGGGCCAGGAACAGAAGCGGGUUCGUGUCAGUCGGCCCAUGCCGCAACUUUGUAGAGUCUCAUAGA